AUGAGGCUCAUUAAAGCGCGAACACUUGUUGAGACUCAGCGUAUUUCUUUUGUAGAAUUUUACGGCGAUAGACCGAGAUAUGCCAUUCUUUCGCAUACUUGGGAAACUCACCAAGAGAUCACUUACCAGGAUUGUAAUCGCGAAUCGUUCAAAGCGAAGACAGGAUAUGACAAGAUUCGUAAGACCUGUGAGCUAGCACUGGGUGACGGGCUCGACUAUGUGUGGAUUGACACCUGUUGCAUUGACAAAUCCAGCAGUGCCGAGUUGACUGAAGCCAUCAACUCAAUGUUUCUGUGGUAUCAGGAGGCAGCUGUCUGCUACGUGUACCUCGUGGACAAGUUCGAAGGGUCGUCGCUAGGAGACUGCCGAUGGUUCAGCCGCGGCUGGACGUUACAGGAGCUGAUAGCGCCAAAGUUCAUGAGCUUCUUCAACAAUUCAUGGGACUGCAUUGGUAGCAAGAACAGCCUCAUGGGCCAACUUGCAGUUAUCACCCCAAUCGACCCCAAUAUACUUGGUCACAAUGCUCCGAUCUCAUCCGCUUGCAUCGCAAAACGGCUCUCUUGGGCUGCUGGCCGAAAGACGACUCGUGUCGAAGACAUGGCAUACUGCUUGCUUGGGAUAUGCAACAUCCAUAUGCCACUGCUCUACGGAGAAGGCAAGACCGCAUUUAGGCGCCUCCAAGAAGAAAUCAUCAGAUCUACAUACGAUCUGAGCCUUUUGGCCUGGACGCCACCGGUUUCAUCGGAUGUGGUGGAAGAAGAGUACUGCGGCUUUCUGGCCGAUUCGGUGAACCAUUUCGCUUCUUGCUCCGAGAUGUACUCCGUCACGGACUCCCUGAUGGACGAGGGCGAAAUCAGCGUCUCAAACAAGGGCCUCAGGCUAAUGGCCCGAGUGUGUGUUCUGGACUACUCAGAUCAGGGUUACAGAUACGUGCUGAAGCUGGAUUGUAUGGCUCCCGGUUUCGAGGGAGACUUUUUGACAAUACCCAUGCGUAAGGUGGGACCCAACACUUUUGUGAGGGCCCAUAGCCUCUGUGAAAGCGAUUACUCCUUCCACCUUGAGACUGCAUCUUGGGGCGAAAGUGCGUUUUACACUGUUACCCUUCUCACCACGAUGCCUAGUCUGGCCGUACGAUCGCCAUUCUCCGUGGCUAGAGGGCCGGACCUUAUCUCAUCUAGUCGACUGACGUUGGUUUCAAUAGAGCUGCCGUCGGAUAUAUCGAUAGUUUACGCAGUCGAGACACCUGUCAAGUUCUGGGACGCAGAAGACAGGGCGUUCUUCGGACCCCAUGGCUCAUAUCAAAAUUGGGGUGCGUUUGUGCUCGAGACAAACACCCUCUUCAUCUGUUUUUGGCACAAGGUAGACGGUGAGUGGGUUCUGGAGGCGAGUCUUUUAGACAUGUCAAGACCAGAAGUCCACAAUCUAUGGAAGGACCUUUUUCUCUCGGCAGAGCAACUGGGCUAUCAGCAAAUGAUCGUUCGGUAUAUGCUGAACAGUAUUGAGGAAGAAAUGGAGUCUUCUGUAGAGACUCGGCUUAAGGAUAAGAAAAUUACACUGUCGUUUAAAGUUUGGCGUGCCGAGAGUGAAAAUCUAUGCAGCGGUCCGCGAUGGAGGGUUGUGUUCAGCAAGACAAGCUUUGUUAGAGAAAGCUCUUCUGAGUCAGAGCUGGAUUAA